GUUCGUAUGUCAAUCCAGUGAUAUGAUUGACAAUCGAAGACAGCCCACUGCCAUUUUACGUGUUGUUUUACCCCGAAGCACAAUACCAUCAAAUUAAGGUCAACAACCACCAAGCUUCAUUAUAUUGCCCUUUUAUGGCUUCCCGAUAUUUGUCUUCGAAGCUCGAGAGACAAAGUCACGUCCCAAGGAUCUGACGGUUGCCGGCAGCUCAUAAAUUACCAUCGAGUCAAGUCCAGGACGAUCACUAGGGUCGAAGAUCACUUGAUUUAACCGGAGAGGUUGGUAUGUUGCUUGUUCUUCCCACAACAUUUGCUAUACUUGUAGGGCAGAGUAUGGUUGAGUUGAGCGUUGGGGCCUAGACACCUUGGAUACCGGGCCUCCUUUUUCUCGUCGUAUGCGUAACUAAGUCAUCAACAUGACUUCAUCCCACGACCAUGACUCACUCUCGCCUAAGGAGCUGGUGCUGCAGCAUUUCAUUUGCAAUAUUUUCUUCACCCCCACAACUUGUCACAUAGCCCUGCGGGAUCAGACCACUUUGAACAGUCAAACCACGACAGGAAUAACAUGGAUCGAAACUCCACGACCGAAGCCCUCUCUCUAUGGGAAAUACUGCAUCCCAUCCUCAUCAACCUAGACAUGCGAACUCUUCUCCACGCACAGCGAGUGUGUCGCCUUUGGCAUCACAUCAUCACCAAAUCAAGGAGUCUUCAGCAAGCGCUAUUUUUCGUGCCCGUGGAAGAGCGUCAGGCUACGGCCUGUGAUGAACGACGGAGUCAGAUAAACCCUCUAUUGAAGGAGAUUCUCUGGCCUCAGCUAUCAUGGCUUGCAACUUGCGGUCGCGAGCUUAAAUCCUCGGAGCGCAAACGACAAGCUAAGACCCGUAGGAUUCCAAUUCUCCGUUCAGAAAACGCUAGCUGGCGGCGCAUGCUCAUUCGACAGCCCCCACCGAUUACAAUAGGUAUUAUGGGCGAAGAUGAAAAUCACUCUCCAGCCCCGAUCAUAUAUUAUGACGAAGACAUCUCCACCGAUGCUCUCUGGGCUCUGACCAAUAUAUCUUUCUUCGCAGAUCACUGUUUCACGCGAUGCAUAUUCAGUGGCGACGACACUUGGAAGGAGAGCUACCCGCAGGACGCUGAUCCCAUAUCUGACCGAGAGCUUGAAAAAUGUGAUAUUUUAGUGAUGGGGCACUGGCCGCCUAAUUAUCUUCUCAGGAUGAUGCAACGGAUCCUGAGAUACGAAACCCACUACACCGGCCUAUCCCUACGGACAGACAUACACCCACCAUUGCUUGACUUCUAUUACCUGUUUCAAAGAGACAGAUCGCUGAUGGCGCAUGAUUGGACCUUUGUCAUUGCCAAUCACAACGGACCAGUUUGGACAUACCAUCUUGACGACAAGGAUCAGGACGGUGAAUCUACUCUCGACGGCGACAUGUAUCGGACUCAGUUGAAUCCUUUGACCGAGGAAGAAGCAACAGUGGUAAAACAGAUUGUGAACCAUGAAUCACUUCCUGGAGAAGUUACACCCCCCGCGAACUAUUUAAAUCCGUUCUUGCGUGUUAUGGCAAAGCUGUUUGAGAAGGGCAUUUUGCCAAAGGCUGUGUUUGAAGAGCAUAGAAUCAUCUACGGGGCAUUGUGCCAUUGUUACGACUGUCGCAAACUGACCGGGACUCUGUUCACCUACAGUUUUGUUGUCCUGAUGGCAGACCUGAAAAUUUCGGGCAGUCCCAAAGAGGUGGCCAAAAGAGCCGACAGCGGGAACCAUAUCAGGAACUACUUCUGUUCAGAUUGCGGUUCGUGA